AUGCCAUCGUCCUUAGGCAUUGUGCGCUUACGAUCCAUGAGCACUGCAUUGCGUUAUAACGUAAAGCUCUGCGCCAGCUUGAUUAAAGAGCAUUUUGCGGACUUCCACUGCGACCAACGAAUCCACCCCCUGCUGCGAGGGCGACUGGCUCAAGUCGACUUCCUCCACCGGAACCAAAAACAUCUCUGCGAGCAUUUCCGCGAUUGCGGCUUCAACUACCUGGACCGCGUUGGCCUUCGAUGCGCAUGCACUGAUUCGCGCGGGACAGUCCCGGCUGGAAAACGCAGGGUACAAUUUGCGUCAACUUCCACCACCGUCUGCGUCGAGGCAGUGCACAAAGCCCCCAACUGCCCUGGUCCUAUUGGCGACCUAUGCUCUACACUGGGUAGUGUCAAGGCAAUGGGCGCUCAGGCACAUCGAGACGCCCUUGGGUAUAUCCUCAACCAACCCAGCAACGCACGGUAUAAUAUGCCGCUUCUGCGCUGCAUCGAGCAAGAUAUUGACCUGUGCUCAUUACAAGACAUCCUUGCUGGGCCAGACUGCCUGGGCAGGCCGGGCCAGAGCUCAGAUGAACUAAGCCGACGAGAUAGACUAUACCUCGCUGCCGUACUCGCCUGCGGCGUCCUGCAACUUCAUGGAAGCUGGCUGAAGCAACAAUGGGGGACGAGAGAUGUUCUUUUCGCUCGGGACGCGCCUCAUGGAUCCGUCGCCUUCGACCACCCAUAUCUAGUCUGGCCCGUUUCUAGCUCCUGCACUUACAACGGCGUUAGUCCGUCAACCAGCAACAGAAUCCAAAAUGAGGUUUUGCUACCGCUUGCAAUUGCUCUGAUUGAGCUAUCGCUGGGGAAACCUAUAUCCGCGCUCUACCGACAGGAGGAUCGUGAUUCCGACGAAAGCCAAGUGAAGUUCAACACUGCUACCCGGGUUCUCCGCAAUGUAUACUGUGAAAGUGGAUCGAACUACGGCGACGUCGUCAGAGAGUGUCUAUACUGGUCUCGCAACAAGGGCGAGCGGUUCGAGGAUCCGCAGUUUGACGAGUCGGUUUUCGAUACGGUUGUCUCUCCGCUGCUCAAAGAUUUUGAUUAUUUCGAGGAUGCAUCCACAGCGUGGGCCCCAGCACCCGCCCAAGCGGCCCAAGCAAUGCAAGCAUCUUCCUUGUUUGGCCCGAUCCUGAGCGUGCUUUCAGACAAGACAUCAAAGCCACUCCAGCACUCAAAGCAUGCCGACGUAUUUCUCCUCUUCCUUUCUUCCCUCACUCGUCUCGCCCUCUUCUUCCCUCUAUAG